CUAAUUGGGUCGACUAUUGAGCACAAAUGCUAUAAACUCGUCGCCGUUGCUUCAAGCUCCUAAAACGUGUCCAAGUAUCUUUUGCAUCUUCAAAGCAAAAGAAAAACAUCAAUUUUUUCCAAAUUUUUAUCAUUUUCUCAAUCGUCAGUACUCAGUAUUUAGAGUCAAAAAUCUCGUCGAAGAAUUUCUUUUGGAGGAAGCGUUAUUUUUGCUAAAGGUACUAAUUCAACUUAUUUUUCGUUUUAAAGUUUUUGUUGUGUUGUUACUGUUUAUCUUUGAAGUGAACUUGGAAUGUUUCUGGUUUUGAGUCAAAUCUUUGGUAUCAAGUUAUCUUCUAUUUUCUCAGAGAUUUUUGUUCUGUCCAAUGGAAUAUUCUAGUAAUUAUUACAGAUUUUACGAAGGAAUUCUUCAAAUCGUGAUAUGCGUCUUCAUCGUUCUAUAUCUUUCUUCAUCGUCCCCCGAUGGUUCUUUUAUAUUCUUAGCAUUCUUCGAGAUUCGAAUCUUAAGUUGAUCCUGUUCUGUUUUAUAAUCUGUAUUUAAUAUAAUUUUGAAUAUUUCAAAGGAUGAGUUUUAUUUUCUUGCAUGAUUUCAACAAAUAUUAUCAAGAUGAACUUGGAUCAGGUCAUGAGUAAACUGUUUAAGGAUUUGAUGAAUUUUCAAGCUCUGUUAUUUUUUUUGUUUAAAGAAUAUUCCUUAAAUAUACCAAUUUAGUGGUCAUAACUCAUAACUCAUAUAAAGGUAAAGAAUAUCUAGAGUAAAAAUAAAUAAAUUAAGGUAAUAAAAUCUGAGUUAUUUAACUAAUCAAAACACUUCAAAUAGUUUCUCUUGAGAGUUCAUAAAAGAGACACAAGUACAAAAUCACGAUCUGUCACUCAUUCCGACACGUUUCUAGAGAUUCCUCACUAGAUGUAACCUUUAUGUAACGCCAAGAGUUAAAAAAGUCAAACAAAACAUUGGAUUUCGAGAACUGAAGAACAAGUUUUGAUGGGUUCUCUAAUGCAAUCUGAACCAGAGAUGGAGAAAAAACCGAUAGGGAUACGAUUCUUGGAACGUAUCAAAGGCUCAAAGCUCUCUUACAGUGCUUAUCAAGCCAUAGUGUUGAUCGUGACGUUUCUCGCUUACGCUAGCUAUCACGCUGCAAGAAAAACAACAAGUAUUGUCAAAAGUGCUCUUGAUCCUCAAUCUCCAGAUACAGGACUAAACUCACUUCUUUUGAGAUUUACUUCGUUUGGUUCCUCUGUAAAAGAAGAAGGUGGUUGGGCUCCUUUCAAUGGUCCUGAUGGUACGGUUUUGCUCGGUGAGAUCGAUGUUGCGUUUCUUGCGGUUUACGCUUUCGGAAUGUAUUUCGCUGGACAUUUGGGGGAUAGGAUGAAUCUUAGGAUCUUCUUGACUGUUGGAAUGAUAGGAACUGGAUUGUUUACUUCUCUGUUUGGAGUUGGUUAUUGGGGUAACAUUCAUAGCUUUUACUAUUUCUUGAUAAUGCAAAUGUUAGCUGGUUUGUUUCAAUCUUCGGGUUGGCCAUCGGUUGUUGCUGUUGUUGGAAACUGGUUUAACAAGAAGAAGAGAGGUUUGAUCAUGGGGAUAUGGAAUGCUCAUACUUCUGUUGGGAACAUUACUGGCUCGUUGAUCGCUGCUGCUAUGUUGAGAUAUGGUUGGGGAUGGUCUUUUGUUGUUCCUGGUGUUAUCAUUGUGGUGAUUGGUUUGGUGAAUUACGCUUUCUUGCCUGUUAGUCCAGAGAAUGUUGGAGCAGAGCGAGACGAGGUUCUUGAUUCUUCGUCUGAGAAAAUCGGAAACUCUGUUAAUGAGCCGUUACUAUUGAGCUCGUCGGAUUCGGAAACCGAUGACAAGAAACGAGCUGUUGGAUUCAUUGAAGCGUGGAGGAUUCCCGGAGUUGCGCCUUUCGCGCUCUGUCUCUUCUUUGCUAAGUUGGUCGCUUACACUUUCCUCUACUGGCUCCCAUUUUACGUUAGCCAUACAGCGAUUGAAGGCGAAUAUUUAUCGGACGAAACAGCGGGAAAUCUUUCGACAAUGUUCGAUGUAGGAGGUGUGGUUGGUGGAAUCAUGGCUGGUUACAUUUCAGACCGAAUUGGUGCAAGAGCUAUUACGGCUGCGAGUUUCAUGUACUGCUCAAUUCCAGCUUUGUUCUUCUACCGUAGCUACGGACAUGUAUCGUUAUUAGCCAACGCGUCUCUCAUGUUCUUGACCGGGAUGUUGGUUAACGGUCCUUACGCUUUGAUUACAACGGCAGUUUCAGCUGAUCUUGGAACACACAGCUCGUUGAAAGGAAACUCGAGAGCUUUGGCUACGGUAACGGCUAUUAUCGAUGGAACGGGAUCCGUUGGAGCGGCGGUCGGACCCUUACUAACGGGUUACAUAUCGUCGAGGGGUAGCUGGACCGCGGUUUUCACAAUGUUGAUGGGAGCUGCGUUUGUGGCUGGACUAUUGUUGACGAGGCUGGUAAUGGCCGAAGUAGCGGAGAAGAUAGCUGAGUCUAGGCCAUCGGAAGAAUGUAGAUCUCCGGUGGACUAUGUCCAAGAUCAUGUGAUGGAAGUGUGAUCACCAACUUUGAUCGCCAUUUUUUUAGUAGCGUUUUAAGUUUUGUUUAUUUUUUCAUAGGGAAGAUUUCGGACCAGAGUUUAGGUCUGUGGGAAUUUGUAAACAUGUAAUCUGUAUUGUGAUGUACAUUGUACAUAAUUACUAUAUAUCGAUUUGAUCAAUUUCUCAAAAGAAAUAAACCCUCCAAAUUUUCUUGGCUUGGUUUUGCAGAAUAUACACAUAAAUCAUAAAUAUACAUUUUACC